CGCGAUACUUCUGCGGUCAAUCUGCUAACGUGCGCAUCGCACUCCGUUUCAGAUCGUCACCCGACAACUGAGAUUAAAAGCCAUUGCCUUACGAACCACAACUGGUUUUUCAAGUAUUCGUCUAUCAAACUAAUUGACAUUCAGUCUUCAUUCUACAAUGUUGGAUGAAACGCCGGAAAAUCCUAGAUUCAGACUUACCGAGAGUGCACAAUUUCAAAACUCAUCUGAGAGACAGCCCACUAAAUCCCCCAGUUUGAUGAAGUCAUUUUACGAACUUGGUCGUUUCGGUAAACCAAUAGGUAAUUGGUUUAUUUAUUUUCCCUGCAUAUGGGGCAUCGCAAUGGCUGCACCACCUGGACAACUACCAGACGUCUACAUGUUAGCCCUAUUUGGUGUUAUCUGCGUGGUGAUUCGAAGCUCUGGAUGCACUAUAAAUGACGUGUUGGAUCAGAAGUAUGAUAGGCUUGUUGAGCGGACAAAAGGCCGUCCUUUGGCCUCGGGUUCUAUAACGAACUGCCAAGCUCUUUUAUUUUUUGGCUUGCAGCUAUUGGUUUUAUUUGUGCUCUUGUUGCAAUUGGGCUGGUACAGUGUACUUAUUGGUUUUCUGCUUAUGGUUCCUGCUACUAUAUAUCCCUUGUUCAAACGAUUCACUUAUUGGCCGCAACUUUUUCUCGGUCUUACAGUCAACUGGGGUGCUAUUAUGGCCUAUGCUGCCACCGUGGGUUAUUUUAACCUUUCUAUCACAUUUCCUCUGUAUCUGGCUGGCGUCAAUUGGACAGUGAUUUACGACACAAUAUAUGCAUAUCAGGACAUUGAUGAUGACAUCCGUAUAGGUGUCAAAUCAACUGCCAUUCUAUUUGGAGAGAAAACUAAAUCAUAUUUGGUCCUUUUCCACACGGGAAUGACAGUGUGUUUUCUCACUGCUGGAAUUAAUGCUGGAGCUGGUUGGAUUUAUUACCUUGGGACUUUAUGCACUCUGUUGCAUAUAGCCAAUAUGAUUCGAAAUGUAGAUUUGAAGAAUCCUGCUUCAUGUUUGCAGACGUUUGGAAUCACUAGAACAUCUGGUCUCUUGUUCUCUCUUACUAUUGUACUCGAUAACAUAUUUGGCUAACUUCAUCCCAU